UUGCUCUGCUCCACACAUCGCACUCUCAUGUGGCUGUGGCGCAGUGAUCCACUCAAGACCGCGUCCUCCUCGUCUCCGGCUGUGGGAUCACUACUUCUGCCGCUGCUGUUGAGGGUUCCACUGGAUAUUUACACGUAUUUUCUGCAGGUUAGCUCUCAUCGCCUCCUAGUGGGCAGCCCGGGCAUUACAACAAAAAAGAGGUGAUUUUUGGAGGAGAAAACCACAGGAAAUCCUAUUUGAUAGCAUUUAAACGGAACACGUUUUCCUCUGCGUCGAACAGCUUUUUGAAUAACCAAAAGAAGAAUGCACAACCAGAGGACUGUAUGACACCUUGGAUCUAAUCUUGAAAUUCAAAAAAAAAGGUGAAGAAAAGAAGUUGGAAAAAAGCAUCUACUUGUGGAAGUACCAAAAACAAUGGCCACAGAGUCUUUCCAUGCUGCCUAUGCUGUUGUGGCCCCAUCCGCCAUCCCCAUGUCCCCCUCCUCAGGAAACCUGCUCCACAUGUUCCGCGAGUACCAGAGCAACUCGGUCAUCUUGGAGCACUACAACUUCACGGGCAAGCUGCAGGACAACAAGUACAAGGAGGGACUCAAACCCGAGGCCAUCGCUUUCCUGCUGGUCUGCCUGCUCAUUGUCGCCGAGAACGCCGUGGUGCUUCUGGCCAUCUGGAAGAACAAGAAAUUCCAUGUGCCCAUGUACUACCUACUGGGCAACCUGACUCUCUCUGACCUGCUGGCGGGCUUCACCUACAUGGUGAACAUCAUAACAUCCGGCCCCAACACGAUGAGCUUGACCCCGGUGCUGUGGUUCCUGCGGGAGGGCGGCGUGUUCAUCAUGCUGGCCGCCUCGGUCAUCAGCCUGCUGGCCAUCGCCAUCGAGCGCCACGUCACCAUGGUGAGGAUGAAGCCGUACCAGGGGGACAAGCAGGGCCGGAUGUUCGCCCUGAUCGGAGCCAGCUGGGUGCUGUCCGUGUUCCUGGGCAUCCUGCCCGUCCUGGGCUGGAACUGCAUGGGACACCUAGACCAGUGCUCCACGGUGCUCCCGCUCUACGCCAAGAGCUACAUCCUCUUCUGCAUCACCGUGUUCAGCGCCAUCCUCAUGUCCAUCGUGGUGCUGUACGUCCGCAUCUUCCGCAUCGUCAAGUCCAACACCCAGCACCUGGCCUCGGUCCCACAGCGCAAGGGCCUCUACCGCAAGUCCCAGAAGUACAUGGCCCUGCUGAAGACGGUCACCAUAGUCCUGGGGGUCUUCAUCGCGUGCUGGCUGCCCCUCUUCAUCCUCCUGCUGCUGGACUUCUGCUGCCCAGCCAACAGCUGCUGGGUGCUCUUCAAGGCGGACUAUUUCCUGGGCAUCGCCAUGUUCAACUCCCUCCUCAACCCCAUCAUCUACACCCUGACCAGCAAGGACAUGAGGAGGGCCAUCCUCAGGCUGCUCUGCCAACACUGCCUGCUGACUAAAGACGGGCAGGUGAAGAAGAUCGGGAUGCCCUUCCUGGAGUGCAGCACCAGCAAGACCGACGCGGCCUCCCACCGACUGGAGGGACUGGAUACGACAGUGUCCUCUGGGAACUUCACGACGCCCUCGACCAUCAAAGCCAUUUACCCCCGGAUGUCUAAAGCAUGACACAGCGGACCUCUUGAGAGGAAGCAUUCGGACUGAGACUUCCCUCUAGACGGAGUCGCGCUCCGGUCGAGUGAACAUUUUGUGUCAGGAGCUGAAGUUUUUUGGGUUGCACUCUGCUUUGGUAUUAAGCUGAAUAAGCUCGAUGUGAUGUGUGAUUGAAGUUUUGGGAGAAAGACUAACUUUUAAAGUUUUCUAUAGUCACGAAAAACUGAAAGGUCAGCGCCUUAAUAGUAGGGGGCAGUUUCUUGUGAAAAACUAGCAUUACUUUUAGUUUUUUCCUUCUGGAAAACAUUUCAUUUUUUUUAUCAGUGUCAGUUUCCCACAUGAAACGAAAUCAAAGGAACGUGCGUGCAGACGUUUUCACAUAAAUACGAACCAAUCGUGCCACACAUCUGACAGACCGAGGCCAAAGCCCAAGGCGGGAGGUUUCCCCUUAUCUCCUCUCCCUGCGUAGCGUUGUAAUGAUACGUUGUUACGAACACGGAGCGUCCACGCCCAAAAUCUGCUGCCAAACCCAUGUAAUUUCUGCCAUGCGAGUUUUGGUCAGCAGCAGUGCGGUCCCCCCCACACCCCCCUCGGCCCCAGAUCAGAGGCUCGGCGGCCCUGGGGCCCGCUGAAGACGUCAUGCGGAAUGGCCGGUUUGCAGCUUUGGAGGUCCCCCUCAACAUAUGUAGCGACAUACGAUGAAGGACUAGAAGGCAAUAAAGCCCGACAUGGGGGGGGCUCGUUGGAGCCUUCUUGGUUUCAAUAGAAUAUGGCGGUGAUCCGUCGAGUGGACGAACAAAGGUUGUUUUUCUCGCUGGAGAACGUUCACCAUGAAAUGAUACGAAUCUGUUUUCUUCGUGAUGAGCGCAGAUAUAGUCAGAGUGCGUGGGCUUCAAAGUGCUGUCUGGCGGAAUUUCAAUUGUGGUCACGAAACAUUAAAAUUGAUACUUAGAUGCCAACUGUAAUAUUGUGUAUAAAUGUAAAGAGAAAAAAACAACAUAUAUUAACUGAUUUGUAUACUUUGUAAAUAUAUAUAUACUUUUCUGAGCUUAUCAGAGCUGCAUUUUGUAUUGUAAAAAACCUCUCUUAAGUUAUGUCACUUUUUUUAAUAUGUGCACUGAAUAAAACAUAUGUGAAUGAAGUUCA